AUGUCCUUUGUACUUCUUAACAAAAUAGAGCCUCAACCAAUUGAAUUUCUGGAACCAGCUUCAUUUAAUUUAACAAGCGAUUCAAUAUUAAAUGACGCCUUACGUGCUGCAGAGGCCCAUAGGCGGGUAAGGAGCAGCGUCCAACAGAUUCUAAAACCAGGAGUUUCACUACUGCAAAUUAUAGAAACUGUGGAAAAAGCUACACGAGCUUUACUAGUAGGAGAGAAGAACAACGGAAUUGGAUUUCCAUGUGGUGUAAGCUUAAAUGACUGUGCUGCUCACUUUACACUCAAUCCAGGAGAUAGGAACAUAAUAUUAAAAGAAUCUGAUAUUCUAAAAAUAGAUUUUGGAACACAUUCUAAUGGCAGAAUUAUGGAUUCUGCAUUUACAGUCUGUUUUGAUCCAAAGUUUGAACAGUUACUAAAGGCCUCACAAGAAGCUACCAAAAGAGGACUAGAGGUUAUAGGAAUUGAUAUGAUGGUGUGUGAAAUAGGUAGGGAAAUUUCUGAAGUAUUCAAAUCCUUUGAAAUAGAGUUAGAUAAUAAAAUCAUGCCGAUAAAGCCCAUAUGGAAUCUUAACGGUCAUUCUAUUGAGCAAUAUAGAAUACAUGGUGAGUUUUCAAUACCACCAAUCAAUAAUGGAGACACAUCAAGAGUUUCAGAGGGAUUCUGUGCCAUUGAAACAUUUGCAAGUACAGGAAAGGGUGAGGUCUGUGAUAAAGGUGAAGCAUCCCAUUUUAUGAUCAAUAGAAACCCACCAAGUUCAAAAAUUUAUAAUGCUAAAAAUGAAAAAGUUCUUAAGACUAUUCAAAAAGAGUUUGGAACAUUGCCCUUUAGUCCUAGACAUGUUGAGUUUUAUAGCCCUGAUUCAUUUUCAAGUAUCAAGCUGCUAUCACUUAGAAAAUUUAUCGACCCAUACCCACCUCUUCAUGAUUUACCAAACUCCUUUGUUGCACAAUUUGAGCAUACAGUUUAUCUUUCAGACACAGGGAAGAGAAUACUUACAAACGGCAACGAUUAUUAA